AUGUUGUCGCGCCAUCUCGGCCGCAAGGCCGCGGAUCUCGGGAUCGCGCGGUCUCCGGCACUGCUGCGAUCAAUCGCAACCGUUCCCAUCGCCGACCGCCAUGCGAUCUUGUCGUCACCGCCUUUCACGCCCGUUCCAUCCUCUAUUACCGAAUCGCCCGCAGCGAUCCCAUCGCCACCCCAUUUCUGCUUCUCCCGAGGCUUUGCAGCGGAUGCAGCACUCACCACAGCUCCGCCCAUCUCCGCCACGGAGCUCGCCCUGAAAACCCCCUCCGCCACCAUCACCUACGACACCACCAUCCACGAGCGCCUGCCGCCCGGGGACCCUUCCAAGCGUGCUUUCACCUACCUCGUCCUCACGGGCGGCCGAUUCAUCUACGCGUCUGCUCUCCGCCUGCUCGUGCUGAAAUUCAUUCUCAGUAUGAGCGCGAGCAAGGAUGUGCUUGCGUUGGCUUCGCUCGAAGUGGACCUUGGGAACAUCGAGCCUGGUAACACGGUUACCGUAAAGUGGCGCGGGAAGCCGGUGUUCAUCCGCCGCCGCACGCCUGCUGACGUGGCGAAGGCCAAUGACGUGAACCUCUCGGAGCUUCGGGACCCCGAGCCUGAUUCGGCCCGGGCGCCGAAUCCAGAGUGGCUGGUUGUGAUUGGCGUGUGCACACAUCUGGGGUGUGUGCCGCUGCCGAAUGCGGGGGAUUACGGCGGGUGGUUCUGCCCGUGCCACGGGUCGCACUAUGACAUCUCAGGGCGCUCUGUCCGCCAGCAGCAGGACUCCUCUACCCCUUUCCAACCGCGCGGUGCGUUUCUCAAGUUCAAUGGCCUCAAGAGCACCGCCAGCCUCCCGUCGUCGAAGCAGUCCGUGCGAUCCCCUGCUAUGUCGCGCAAGGCCUCCAACGACCCCGUGCGACGCCUCGUGACGACGGCCGAGUUCUCUAAGGUUCCCCAGGAGCCCAUGGGCCUGUACGACCCUGCAUUGGACAGCGACGCCUGUGGUGUCGGCUUCGUUGCCGAGCUCUCCAAGAUCCCCACGCGCAAGACUGUGACUGACGCGCUCGAGAUGCUUAUCCGCAUGGCGCAUCGUGGUGCGUGCGGUUGCGAGGUCAACACGGGUGACGGCGCCGGUAUCAUGGUGGCUCUGCCGCACGACUUUUUCGUCAAGGUUGCCAAGGUGGAUGCUGGCGUGACUCUCCCCGGCGCUGGGGGAGUGGCGGAGGAGAUGGGGUGCAAGGUGCUGGGGUGGCGGCGCGUGUUAACGGACAACGCGGAUCUGGGCAAGGCGGCGCUGGACACGGAGCCCAUCGUGGAGCAGGUCUUCCUGCUCGUCAACAAGGACUCGCACCUCGAGGCCGAGCAGCAGAUGUGGCUGCUGCGCCGCACUGCCAUGAAGGCCGUUCGUGAGGCGCUCAACCUCAAGGACGAUUGUCUACAAGGGGCAGCUGAAGCCGGAGCAGCUGCAGGCUACUACCACGCCGACCUCGACGACGCUCGCUUCACCUCUUACAUGGGCCUCGUGCACUCGCGGUUCUCAACGAACACUUUCCCGAGCUGGGAGCGCGCGCAACCGAUGCGCAUUCUGGGGCACAACGGCGAGAUCAACACGCUGCAGGGCAACGUCAACUGGUCAGUCGCUGCGCCUGUUGUUGCACACCGUGUCUGUCACACGCUGAUUCUGUCGCACGCUGGUUCUGUCGCUCGCUGGUUCUGUCGCACGCUGGGUCUGUCGCACACUAGGAUGCGCGCGCGCGAGGGGCUGAUGAAGUGCCCGGGGCUCGGCAUUUCCAAGGAGGAGCUGGACGCCGUGCUGCCCGUCAUCGACGCCAACUCGUCCGACUCGGGCGCGUUCGACGGCGUGCUCGAGAUGCUGGUGCGCGCCGGCCGCACGCUGCCCGAGGCGGUCAUGAUGAUGAUUCCCGAGGCGUGGCAGAACGACAAGAACAUGUACCCCGAGAAGAAGGCGCUCUAUGAGUACCUCUCCGCGCUCAUGGAGCCCUGGGACGGACCUGCUCUCAUCGCCUUUUCCGACGGCAAGUACGUGGGUGCGACUCUUGAUCGCAACGGUCUGCGUCCCGGCCGCUACUACGUGACGCACAGCGGCCGCGUCAUCAUGGCCAGCGAGGUGGGCGUCGUCGACGUGGACCCUGCUGACGUGGCGCGCAAGGGCCGCCUGAACCCCGGAAUGAUGCUAUUGGUGGACUUCGAGAAGCACGAGGUGGUGGACGACGAGGCGCUCAAGCGCCAGUACUCGAGCCAGCGCCCCUACGGCGAGUGGCUGGCCAAUCAGAAGCUGACGCUCGGCGACAUCGUCGCGUCCGUCCCGGAGGCGGACCGCGUGCCGCCGCCGAUCGAGGGGGCUACGGAAGUCGAUCCCUCCGCAGAUCAGACAAUGGAGACGAUGGGUAUCAACGGGCUGACGACGCCGCUGAAGGCGUUCGGGUACACGAUCGAGGCUCUGGAGAUGCUGCUGCUGCCCAUGGCACAGACGGGGUCCGAGGCGCUGGGAUCCAUGGGGAAUGACACGCCGCUCGCGUGCAUGUCCACGCGGCCGAAGCUCAUGUCGGAGUACUUCAAGCAGCUCUUCGCGCAGGUCACCAACCCCCCCAUUGAUCCCAUCCGCGAGGCGGUUGUCACGUCGACCGAGUGCAUGGUGGGUCCGGAGGGGGAUCUGACGGAGACGACUGAGGAGCAGGCGCACAGGCUGUCGCUCAAGGGCCCGCUGCUGACGCCGGAAGAGACGGAGGCGAUGAAGAAGAUGGACCACCGCGGGUGGCGCACGGCUGUGGUGGAUAUCACGUUCGCCAGGAGCGAGGGGCCGGACGGGCUGGAAAAGGCGCUGGAUCGGAUUUGUGCCGAGGCGAGCCUGGCGAUUGAGGCUGGAUACAAGAUGCUCGUGCUGUCCGACCGAGCCACAUCCCCGACCCGCGUGCCCGUGAGCGCGCUCCUGGCUGUGGGCGCGGUGCACCAGCACCUGGUGCGCACGCUGCAGCGCACGCGGAUCGGCAUCGUGGUGGAGUCGGGCGAGCCCCGCGAGGUGCACCACUUCUGCACGCUCGUGGGGUUCGGCGCCGACGCCAUCUCGCCCUACGUCGCCACCGAGGCCAUCUGGCGCCUGCAAGUUGACGGCAAGAUCCCGCCCAAGGCGGACGGGUCCCUCCGCACCAAGGACGAGCUCAUCCGCACGUACUUCAACGCGAGCAACGCCGGCAUGCUCAAGGUGCUGGCGAAGAUGGGCAUUUCCACGCUGGCUUCGUACAAGGGCGCGCAGAUCUUCGAAGCCUUGGGGUUGUCGAGCGAUGUGGUGGACCGGUGCUUCCGGGGCACGGCGAGCAGGAUUCAGGGCGUGUCGUUUGACGUGCUGGCGGCUGAUGCGAUCCGCAUGCACGACCAGGCGUUCCCGCUGGGAACCGAGAAGAACCUUGCGGAGGAUUCCGCGGACGCCAUUGCUGUGCCGAACCCUGGGGAUUACCAUUACAGGAAGGGUGGGGAAGUGCAUUUGAACGAUCCGGUGGCGAUCUCGCGGCUGCAGGAGGCCGCGCGGACGAAUAGCCCGGCGGCUUAUAAGGAGUAUGCGGCGAUUACGAACACGCUGAACCAGCAGUGCAACCUGCGCGGCAUGCUGAAGUUCAAGCCGGCGCCAGGUGGCGCGAUCACAUUGGAGGAGGUGGAGCCGGCGAGCGAGAUUGUGAAGCGGUUCUGCACGGGAGCCAUGAGCUACGGGUCUAUCUCUCUUGAGGCGCAUCAGAGCCUGGCGAUUGCUAUGAACACGAUUGGAGGGAAGUCGAACACGGGCGAGGGAGGCGAGAACCCGUCCCGGCUGGUCCCCAACCCGGACGGGAGUAACAAUAUCCUCAGGUCGUCUAUCAAGCAGAUUGCGAGCGGGCGGUUUGGCGUGUCGGCGUAUUACCUGACGAACGCGGAUGAGCUUCAGAUUAAGAUGGCUCAGGGCGCGAAGCCCGGGGAGGGAGGCGAGUUGCCCGGGCACAAGGUGAUUGGGGACAUUGCUGUGACGAGGAACAGCACGCCGGGAGUGGGGCUCAUCAGCCCGCCGCCCCACCACGACAUCUACUCCAUUGAAGAUCUGGCGCAGCUCAUUUACGAUCUCAAGAACUCCAACCCCGGUGCGCGUGUGAGCGUGAAGCUGGUGUCCAAGGCGGGCGUGGGAGUGAUUGCAAGCGGAGUAGUGAAGGGCCAUGCGGACCACGUGCUCAUCUCGGGCCACGACGGCGGCACCGGCGCGUCCCGUUGGACCGGCAUCAAGUCCGCCGGCCUCCCCUGGGAGCUCGGUAUCGCCGAGACCCACCAGACGCUCGUGGCCAAUGACCUGCGCGGCAGGACUGUGCUGCAGGCGGACGGGCAGAUGAAGACCGGAAAGGAUAUCACAGUUGCGGCGCUGCUUGGUGCUGAGGAGUUUGGGUUUUCGACCGCGCCGCUGAUUACCCUUGGGUGUAUUAUGAUGAGGAAGUGCCAUAAGAAUGUGUGCCCGGUCGGGAUUGCGACCCAGGACCCGGUGCUUCGCGCGAAGUUUUCCGGGCAGCCGGAGCACGUGAUCAACUAUUUCUUCAUGGUGGCGGAGGAGGCGCGCGAGUACAUGGCGCAGAUGGGCUUUAAGACCAUGGACGAAAUGAUCGGCCGCGCCGACAUGCUCGAGCAGGACAUGGACCUCUGCAACUCCAACCCCAAGCUGCAGAACAUUGACCUCUCCGUGCUGCUCACCCCCGCUGCCACCCUCCGCCCGGGUGCCGCCCAGCGGUGCGUGCAGAAGCAGGACCAUGCUCUCGAGCUGGCGCUCGACCAGAAGCUGAUUCAGCUCGCGCAGCCGGCGAUCGCGCAGAAGAUUCCGGUGUUUGCCGAGGUGCCGAUUGUGAAUGUGAACCGCGCCGUGGGGACCAUGCUGUCGCACGAGGUCACCAAGGUGCAUCGCCUGGAGGGGCUGCCUGCUGAUAUGAUCCACUUCAAGCUCACGGGCAGCGCUGGGCAGAGCUUCGGCGCGUUUACCUGCAAGGGGCUGACUCUGGAGCUGGAGGGGGAUAGCAAUGAUUAUGUGGGCAAGGGGCUGUCUGGCGGGAAGCUGAUUAUCUACCCGCCCGCCGCGUCGACGUUUGAUCCCAAGGAGAAUAUCAUCAUUGGGAAUGUGGCGCUGUAUGGUGCUACGUCUGGCGAGGCGUAUUUCUGCGGCAUGGCUGCGGAGCGGUUUGCAGUGAGGAAUUCUGGAGCUAGGGCGGUUGUUGAGGGUGUGGGGGAUCACGGGUGCGAGUACAUGACGGGCGGCACGGUGGUGAUUCUGGGCGGCACUGGGAAGAACUUCGCUGCGGGAAUGAGCGGCGGGACGGCGUACAUCCUCGACCGGGAGGGAGACUUCCACAAGAGAUGCAACACAGGGCUUGUCGACCUCGACCCUGUAGUGGAAGAGGCAGACGUGCUGCUGCUGCGCUCCAUGAUUCAGCAGCACCAGAGGUAUACCAAGAGCAAGCUGGCAGGCGAGGUGCUGGCGGAGUUUGAGGAGCUGCUGCCCAAGUUCGUGAAGGUGUUCCCGAGGGACUUUAAGAGGGUGCUGGAGGAGGAGCGGGUGAAGCGGGAGAAGGAGGCCGCGGCGCUCAAGGAGAAGGACGCGUUCGAGGAGCUCAAGAAGCUGGCGGCCGCGAGUGGAGGGGAGGUCAACGGGUCCGCUGCUGUGAGGCUGGCGGAGGCGAGUGGGGGGAAGCAGGAAGUCAACGGGUCCGCUGCUGCUGUUAUGUUUGUCUCGUUCGUUCCAAUGUUUGGCCCACGCUGCCUUGCAGUGGAUCAGGCCACCUUCUUCCCACGAAACGCCAUGCCUCUCACGUCCUACCCAUUCCCUCUCACGUCCUACCCAUUCCCUCUCACGUCCUACCCAUUCCCUCUCACGUCCUACCCAUUCCCUCUCACGUCCUACCCAUUCCCUCUCACGUCCUACCCAUUCCCUCUCACGUCCUACCCAUUCCCUCUCACGUCCUACCCAUUCCCUCUCACGUCCUACCCAUUCCCUCUCACGUCCUACCCAUUCCCUCUCACGUCCACCCAUUCCCUCUCACGUCCUACCCAUUCCCUCUCACCUACUGCAUAUGACUCCCCCCUCCUCCCCCGCCCUUCCCAGCAGGCACCCCCCAAGCGCCCCACGCGCCUCCCUACGCCGGUCAAGUUUGGCGGUUUCAUGAAGUACGAGCGCGAGCCGCUGCCGUACCGCCCGGCCGAGGAGCGCCUCACCGACUGGGGCGAGGUUCUCGCCUCCGACCCCGGCCGCCCCGAGCUCCUCAAGACCCAGUCCGCCCGCUGCAUGGACUGCGGCACUCCCUUCUGUAACCAGGACAAGUCGGGGUGCCCGCUGGGGAACAAGAUUCCCGAGUUCAAUGAGUUGGUGUACCAGGGCCGGUGGAAGGAGGCGCUGGAUCGAUUGCUCGAGACGAAUAACUUCCCCGAGUUUACGGGGCGGGUGUGCCCCGCGCCGUGCGAGGGCGCGUGCGUGCUGGGGAUUAUUGAGAACCCCGUGUCGAUUAAGACCAUGGAGCUGAGUAUUAUUGACAAGGCGUAUGAGAUGGGGUGGAUGGUGCCCCGCCCGCCCGCCAAGAGGACCGGGAAGAAGGUGGCGGUGAUUGGCAGUGGCCCGGCCGGUCUAGCCGCAGCGGACCAGCUGAACAAGCGCGGGCACACGGUCACUGUCUACGAGCGGGCGGACCGCAUCGGCGGGCUGAUGAUGUACGGCGUGCCCAACAUGAAGACGGACAAGACCCACGUGGUGCAGCGCCGCGUGGACCUCAUGGCCGCCGAGGGCAUCACCUUUGUCACCAACGCACACGCGGGGGUCGACGAGCAGUACAGCCUGGAUAAGCUCAGAGCAGAUAAUGAUGCCAUGCUGCUUGCCUGCGGGUCGACCAAGCCAAGGGAUCUGCCCGUCCCCGGGCGCGAGCUCAAGGGCGUGCAUUUCGCCAUGGAUUUCCUCGCGGCGAACACCAAGUCGCUGCUGGACAGCGGGCUCAAGGACGGGAGGUUUAUCUCGGCGGAGGGCAAGAAGGUGGUCGUGAUUGGUGGAGGUGACACGGGCACGGACUGCAUUGGCACGAGUCUGAGGCACGGGUGCGAGUCGCUGGUGAAUCUGGAGCUGCUGCCGCAGCCGCCGCCGUCCCGCGCCGAUGGCAACCCCUGGCCGCAGCUGCUCUCAUUCAUGGGCCUCUCUCCCUCACAACCACCCCUUGCCACCCCUUCUCUCCUCUACUACCCCCAGUGGCCGCGUAUCUUCCGGGUGGACUAUGGCCACGAGGAGGCCAAGACCAAGUUCGGAUCCGACCCGCGGUCGUACGAGGUGCUGACGAAGCGGUUCAUCGGGAACGAUGCGGGCGAGCUGACGGGCAUCGAGACGGUGCGCGUGCAGUGGGCCAAGGACGCUUCUGGAAGGUUCCAGAUGAGCGAGGUGGCGGGGUCCGAGGAGGUGAUCCCCGUCGACCUCGCUCUGCUCGCCAUGGGCUUCCUGGGCCCGGAGCAGAAUGUGGCGGAGAAGCUGGGGCUGAAGACGGACGCGAGGAGCAACUUCCAGGCGGACUACGGGCAGUUCGCCACCAAUCUGGAGGGCGUCUUUGCUGCCGGCGACUGCCGCCGCGGACAGUCUCUGGUGGUGUGGGCUAUUGCGGAGGGCCGUGGCGCAGCGGCGAACAUCGACGCAUAUGUGAUGCGUGGAGAGGAGGUGGACAUGGCACCGCAGGAGAGGGAGCUCGUGGAGGUGGCUGCCAGGACUGUUGCUGCUGUGGACGCUGCUGAGCGGAGCGCUGCCACCAAUGGCAGUGCCACUAACGGGAGUGCCACUAAUGGAAGUGCUACAAAUGGGAGUGCCACGAAGGGGAGAGCGUUCCCGGAGGGCGUGGAGCAGGCACGGGUGGAAGCGGUUGAUGCGUGUCUGAUGGUAGAGGGAGAGGACGAUACGGAGCACAUUGAGGCGUGUGUGGAGAAGAGUGUUGAGGCUGCUGCCUUGGGAGACGGCACCCCUUUUCGUCUAAUGCAUACGCACCUGAUUCAAGCCCUUAGAGCGUGGAACAUCCUUGUGAACAAGUGCCUCUGCUUGCCCCCUCGUGCCUCUGCUUGCCCCCUCGUGCCUCUGCUUGCCCCCUCGUGCCUCUGCUUGCCCCCUCGUGCCUCUGCUUGCCCCCUCGUGCCUCUUCUUGCCCCCUCGUGCCUCUUCUUGCCCCCUCGUGCCUCUUCUUGCUCCCUCUUGCCCCCUCUUGCCCCUGCUUGCCCCCUCUUGCCCCUGCUUGCCCCCUCUUGCCCCUGCUUGCCCCUUCUUGCCCCUGCUUGCCCCCUCUUGCCCCUGCUUGCCCCCACUUGCCCAGUCCCCAUGUGUAUCUGUGCCUCCCCAUGCACCCCCAUGCCUGCCUCCCCCCAUGCGCCUCCCUUUCACAUCCAACGCCUCACAGGUCAUCAUAGACGUGCGGGGCAACAGCGGCGGCUCCGUGCAAGCAGCAGCAUUCACAGCCAUCCGCCUGCUCAUGCGUCCGCAUUUCCGCAUGUCCUCCCCCUCCUCCCCUCCCCCGCCCCCCCCUCCUCUCCCUCCAGAUCCAACGCCACACAGAUCAUCAUAGACGUGCGGGGCAACAGUGGCAGCUCCGUGCAAGCAGCAUACACAGCAGUGCGCCUACUAAUGGGGGCAGCCAAGGUCCCAGACUCCCAGUUCACCCUCCCCUUGGAUUUCGUCAUCGGCACGCCGUACACAGAGAAGGCCAUGGGUGUGCUUUCUGUCGACAACACCACGGCGCCGCACUACUACCAAGGGCUGUACACCGAUCUGAACGGCACCGAGCUUUCGAGCGUCUUUGACUACGCGCCUUUCCGCGAGCUCCGCUUCACAGAGGCCGGCCGUGCCGGGAAUUACUCGGCGCCGUUCAAGUUUGAUUACAGGAAGCAGCUUCCCGUGACGCAGAAAGAGCCGGUGUUUGGCGACCGCCCCUUCGUGGUCCUGUCGGACGGAAACUGCUACUCUGCGUGUGCCGUCCUCACGCACGUCCUGGGGAAACGCCACAAAGUACCCAUGGUAGCCGUGGGUGGUUUGCCCAACCAGCCCCCCGAUGUGAGCUCCUCGUGCCUCGGGUUUACCCUGACUGACUACUUUGCGAUGGCUGAAGGUCUGUACAAACUCGCUGCCACGGACCCACAGAAGGGGUCGAUGCCUCUCAAGGUGCAAGGGGUGCUUACCAUGGCGUUUACCAAUGCCUACGUGGAUUCGGAGAUUCCGUGCGAGUUUGAGUUUCUGCCCAGCCAGCAUCACAUCAACUACACCGUUGAUCUCAUUGACAAGCCCUGGGCCAUGUGGACUGAGGUGGCCAAACUCUUUGCCUCCGCUGCUGCCUAG